AGUGAAAAAAUAGAAAAAAUGAUUUCGAGAAGAGAAUUUUUUUUUUUAAGUUAAAUGAUUCAAUGGCCUAUGUCAAUGGUUUUGGCGUUAGCCGAGUUUGAAGAAAAUAUUGAUCCUAAAGAGGGGCCGGUUCGUGGUCCAGGGGGAUGAGAGUUGCGCGAUGCUCAUGCCCGGUUCGAUUCUUCUCAGCUGGCUGCUCAAGUCACUUCAUCAUUUGAAAAAAAAAAAAAAAAAAAAAAUGUUCGCCGACACGCCGUCAACAUGUUAUUAUUAAAAAUAUUUAUAUAACGUUGAAAAAACAAAAAAUUCUCUUUCUCUAUAUUAAAUAUUUUUAUUGUGAAUAUGUAGUUUACACGGUGUUGCCUUUGUAGGCAGUUUCAUUUCACAAAAAAAAACAGAAACGUUUUGAAUGGUCCACAUGAAUUCUCACUGGCCCCAUGUUCAUCUUCUACUGGCUUUUCAGCCUCUUCUUGACCCGAAAAUUUAAGGUUCGCUAUAAUGCGAUUAAAAUGCACCAUCGAAGAACGGAAGAUUAUUUUUCGCCCGGAAGCAACACGUUUUUUAACGAAUUUGGCAUCAACUGGUCGCGUUUUAUCGAAACAACCCCCGGGGAAAGAAGUUUACCCAAGAAAAGUACACCUUUUUCCCAUUCGAUAUAAAAUCAUCCAUUGAAAGAAUCGGAUUAAAAAAAAAAUAAUUUAAAAUAAAAAUUCCAUAUAGUAUAUAAAUUAGGCACUUAAAGUUUGCAAAAUAAUUUUUCAGCUAAUGUUUUGACAAUAAAAAAAAAAAUAAAUAAAUAAAGGGUGAAAUUUAAAUUGGGGCGACGUGCCUCACUAUUGCGAAUAUAAUUCCAAUUAUGAUGUUGGGGCGGAAACAAAGCCUCAAAGGGGAGCCCGUCCUGGCCGAUUAUGGCCCGGAGGAGUUCCUUAAUGAGAGUGCUGAUAUUGAGUGGGUGAACAAGCUUUGGGUACGGAGACUAAUGAGAUUUUGUGCUCUUGUUUCCCUGGCCUCAGUUUGUUUAAAUACUCCAAAGACCUUUGAAAAAGUUCCACCCCUUCAGUAUGUGACGUUCGUCUGCGAUCUUGUUGUUACAUUUCUUUUUACGGCUGAAAUGAUUGCCAAAAUGCACAUACGUGGAAUAGUUAAGAGAGACAAAGCUUAUUUAAAAGAUCAUUGGUGCCAAUUUGACGCCAGUAUGGUACUAUUUCUUUGGCUUUCCGUAAUUCUACAAAUGUUUGAAAUGCUCGGUUUUGUUUUGAAAUUUAGUUACGCUUCUGUGUUACGAGCACCGAGACCGUUGAUAAUGAUUCGAUUUUUGAGAGUUUUUCUUAAAUUUUCAAUGCCAAAGGCCAGGAUCAAUCAAAUUUUCAAGCGUUCGAGUCAGCAGAUUUAUAAUGUGACGUUGUUUUUUCUAUUUUUUAUGUCCCUUUACGGUCUCUUGGGAGUUCAAUUUUUUGGUCAAUUGACAAAUCAUUGUGUUUUAAAUACAACGGAUCCGAAACAUAUUACAAUAAAUAGUUUAGCAAUUCCUGAUACAUUUUGUUCGACUGAUCCCGAAUCGGGAUAUCAAUGUCCUGAUGGAAUGACAUGCAUGAAAUUGGAAUUGUCUAAAUAUAUUAUGGGUUUUAAUGGAUUCGACGAAUUUAUGACAAGUAUUUUUACGGUUUAUCAAGCGGCAUCACAAGAGGGAUGGGUUUUUAUAAUGUAUCGAGCAAUUGACAGUCUACCAGCUUGGCGUGCUGUUCUUUAUUUUAGUACAAUGAUAUUUUUUUUGGCAUGGCUUGUAAAAAAUGUUUUCAUUGCCGUGAUUACUGAGACUUUCAAUGAAAUUCGAGUACAAUUUCAACAAAUGUGGGGUGUUCGUGGUCACAUCAGCAAUAGUACAGCAUCUCAGAUUCUAACUGGCGACGAGAAUGGAUGGAAAUUGAUAACACUUGAUGAGAAUAAACAUGGAGGAAUGGCCUCACCACUUUGUCAUGCAAUUUUACGUUCACCACAAUUUCGAAUGGUUGUAAUGUGUAUUAUACUUGCAAAUGGAAUUACAACGGCAACAAUGAAUUUUAAACACGAUGAAAGACCAAGAUAUACAUAUUAUGCUGCUUAUUAUUAUGUUGAGAUUGCAUUUACAAUUCUUCUUGAUUUGGAAACACUUUUUAAAAUUUGGUGCUUGGGAUUUCGAAGUUAUUAUAAACAUUCAAUUCAUAAAUUUGAACUUCUUCUCGCUAUUGGCACUACCAUUCAUAUUAUUCCAUUUUGUUAUUUAUCGGGUUUCACUUACUUUCAGGUUUUGAGAGUCGUUAGACUUAUCAAGGCAUCGCCAAUGUUGGAAGAUUUUGUGUAUAAAAUUUUUGGACCUGGUAAAAAAUUGGGUAGUUUGAUAAUAUUCACUAUGUGCCUGCUCGUUAUAUCGUCCAGUAUUUCCAUGCAACUCUUUUGUUUUCUCUGUAGUUACACAAAAUUCGAAACAUUUCCUGAGGCUUUUAUGUCAAUGUUUCAAAUCUUAACACAAGAAGCAUGGGUGGAAGUUAUGGAUGAAACAAUGGUACGAACACACGAAACAAUGGCGCCAUUUGUUGCCAUUUAUUUUAUUUUAUAUCAUCUUUUUGUAACUUUGAUUGUAUUGAGUCUUUUUGUCGCUGUUAUUUUGGAUAAUUUGGAACUCGAUGAAGAUAUUAAGAAACUGAAACAACUUAAAUUUCGCGAACAAAGUGCCGAAAUUAAAGAAACACUUCCGUUUCGAUUGAGAAUUUUCGAAAAAUUCCCCGAUAGUCCACAAAUGACUUGUUUGCAUAAAGUUCCAUCGGAUUUUAAUCUUCCGAAGGUAAGAGAGAGUUUUAUGCGUCAAUUUGUCUAUGAGGUUGAAGAUGAAGAAAAUGAGGGGACAAAAAAAAUUAGCGAAACAUUUGAUUCUAAAAUGGUUUAUCGAAAACACAGACCAGUUAAAAUAUUGAACGAUCCACCAAAAGUGAGAAAUGUUGUGACUCCUUUAAAGAAAGCGGCAGUCACCUAUAUAAUUAACGAUUCAAAUAAUCAAAGAUUAAUGCUCGGUGAUUCGGCAAUGAUACCAGUUCCUGGUAAAGGUUUAUUAAAACCCCAAGGCACAGUCAGCAGUGCAAAACAAUUGCGAAUUGAUCAAAAAAAAUCUGUGCGUAGAAGUGUACGUAGUGGAUCGAUAAAAUUAAAACAAACCUACGAGCAUCUUAUGGAAAAUGGAGAUAUUGGAGCUAUAAAUCGUGUCAGUUCAUCGAGAAGUAGACCACACGAUUUAGAUAUAAAACUUUUACAGGCAAAAAGACAACAAGCGGAAAUGCGAAGAAAUCAAAGAGAAGACGAUCUUAGAGAAAAUCAUCCACUAUUUGAUACACCACUUUUUGCAGUGCCACGUGAAAGUAAAUUUAGAAAAAUUUGUCAAUUAUUAGUUUACGCUCGUUAUGAUGCAAGAUUAAAGGAUCCACUCACUGGCAAGGAGAGAAAAGUUCAAUACAAAAGUUUACACAAUUUUCUUGGACUUGUAACAUAUUUGGAUUGGGUAAUGAUUUGUUCAACAACACUAUCUUGUAUAUCAAUGAUGUUUGAAACUCCAAAAUAUCGUGUUAUGGAAGUGCCAGCAUUGCAAGUUGCCGAAUAUGGUUUUGUUAUUUUCAUGAGUCUUGAAUUGGCGUUAAAAAUUUUAGCCGAUGGAUUAUUUUUUACACCAAAAGCCUAUAUUAAAGACGUUGCCUCAGGAUUAGAUGUAUUUAUCUAUGUGGUGAGUUUAGUGUUUCUUUGUUGGAUGCCAAAAAGUGUGCCACCAAAUUCGGGUGCUCAAUUUUUGAUGAUAUUACGUUGUGUAAGACCGUUGAGAAUUUUCACAUUGGUGCCGCAUAUGAAAAAAGUUGUCUAUGAAUUAUGUCGGGGAUUUAAAGAGAUUUUAUUGGUAUCGACAUUACUUUUUUUGCUUAUGUUUAUAUUUGCAAGUUAUGGAGUACAACUUUAUGGUGGUCGAUUGGCACGUUGUAAUGAUCCAACAAUAUUAAAACGUGAAGAAUGCGUUGGAGUUUUUAUGCGUAGAGUAUUUGUCACAAAAAUGAAACUUCAACCGGGACAAAAUGAAAGUUAUCCAUCGAUACUUGUUCCUCGUGUUUGGGCAAAUCCAAGACGAUUUAAUUUUGACAAUAUUGGCGAUGCAAUGCUUGCAUUAUUUGAAGUUUUAUCAUUUAAAGGUUGGUUGGACGUUCGCGAUGUGUUGAUUAAAGCCCUUGGUCCAGUUCAUGCGAUUUAUAUACAUAUUUAUAUUUUUCUUGGCUGUAUGAUUGGAUUAACAUUAUUUGUCGGUGUUGUUAUUGCAAAUUAUUCGGAAAAUAAAGGAACUGCUUUGUUAACUGUCGAUCAACGACGAUGGUGUGAUUUAAAGAAGAGAUUAAAAAUUGCUCAGCCAUUGCAUUUGCCACCGAGGCCAGAUGGAAAAAAAUUUAGAGCUUUUAUUUAUGAUAUCACACAGAAUAUUUAUUUUAAAAGAUUCAUUGCUGUUAUGGUUUUAAUUAACAGUUCUCUUCUCUGUGUUUCGUGGAGAAUCGAGGAAAAGCACACGGGAGCUUUGGCGACAGUUUCGACAGUUUUGACACUCGUCUUUCUUGUCGAAGUUGUAAUGAAAAAUAUUGCUUUCACCCCACGAGGAUAUUGGCAAUCAAGAAGAAAUCGAUAUGAUUUAUUGGUGACAGUAGUUGGAGUUAUUUGGAUUGUUAUUCAUGGAACAAUGAAAAAUGAUCUCUCGUACGUGAUUGGUUUUAUGGUGGUGAUUUUACGUUUUUUCACCAUUACUGGCAAGCAUACAACUUUAAAAAUGUUAAUGUUAACUGUUGGCGUUUCAGUUUGUAAAAGUUUUUUCAUUAUUUUUGGAAUGUUCUUGUUGGUAUUUUUUUAUGCUCUCGCGGGUACAAUUUUAUUUGGCACCGUUAAAUACGGUGAAGGAAUAGGACGUCGUGCAAAUUUUGAAUCUCCUGUCACUGGAGUUGCAAUGUUAUUUCGAAUAGUUACUGGUGAGGAUUGGAAUAAAAUUAUGCACGAUUGUAUGGUACAACCACCAUAUUGUACGCCAGCUCCAAAUUAUUGGGAAACAGAUUGUGGCAAUUUUCAUGCAUCAUUAAUUUAUUUUUGUACAUUUUACGUAAUUAUUACGUAUAUUGUUUUAAAUUUAUUGGUGGCUAUUAUUAUGGAGAAUUUUUCAUUAUUUUAUUCAAAUGAAGAAGAUGCUUUAUUGUCAUAUGCGGAUAUUAGAAAUUUUCAAAAUACGUGGAACGUGGUUGACAUUCAUCAACGAGGUGUUAUUCCCGUUAGAAGGGUAAAAUUUAUUCUACGUUUACUGAAAGGUAGAUUGGAAACCGAUCCACAAAAGGAUAGAUUACUAUUCAAGUAUAUGUGUUAUGAACUUGAACGAUUGCACAAUGGAGAAGAUGUUACAUUUCAUGAUGUUAUCAAUAUGCUGUCUUAUCGAUCGGUGGAUAUUAGAAAAGCUUUACAACUUGAAGAAUUGCUGGCGCGAGAAGAAUUCGAGUAUAUAAUUGAAGAGGAAGUGGCAAAGCAAACGAUAAGAACGUGGCUUGAGGGAUGUUUAAAGAAAAUUCGUGCCGUUGGGAAACAACAAAAUAGUCUUAUCGCUGGAUUGAGAGCAACAAAUGAUGCUGCAGUACAACAACAGGAUCACGUCGAGGAAAAAGUAAAAGAAACAAAGGAAGAUCAUCGAGAAGAAGAAUCGGAGCAAAAAGAAAAUGAGGGUUUAAGACACCGAAUGAAAAAGCCAGUUGUACUUCCAAGAUCCGAUAGUUUUGGAAGUGGUUCAGGGAGAAAAUAUUUGGCGCCAACAUUAUCGGAUCCAGCUUCAGUGAGAACUGAAAAAGAGAAAAUUGCAGCGUCCAAAAAGAGAAACAACAGACCUCCUCCUGUUGUGAAAAAUAAUUUACCACAUUUAACGGAGGGAAGUGAACAAAAUCGACAGACAAAAGAAAUAUACAAUGCAAAAUCAUCGCCACCAAAAGUAUCAAAUAUUGUCACUGAAGUUCGCGAUUGGUGGCGAGAACAAAUUGCAUACAGUACUGAUACAAGUGACGAGGAUGAUGAUUUAUAAUCUAACUUUAUAAGGUUUGUGAACAAAAAUAGCAUUUCAAUCAAUCACUUAAAAAAAAAAGAUAGAAGAAUUUUAUUAACGAAAAAAGUGAAUUACAGUUUUCACUGUCGGGUAAUUCAAUUACCAAAAUUAGAAUUUUAUAAAUUUAACUUUUAAUUCAAUUUAAAAAUUCAGUUUCAUCAACAAAAAAGAAAAAUAUAAUUUUUUUCACGAUUUGAAAAUAAUAAUUUUUUUGCCUUGAAUUAAAAUUCAGGAAAAAAUUUUUUAACAAAACGAGAUGAAUUUUGAAUUCAUACAAACAAUUUUUGAAUCGAGUUUUUAUCUUGCGGAAAGAAAAAAAAAACAUUGUCAAGGAAAGCUCAGGUGAUAAGUGACUGUUAAGUUUUUAUUUUUUAGAAUUAUUUUAAAUCGAGUGUGCAUCGAAAGAAUGAAAAAUUUAGAAAGAUAAUGUUAAAACUUGUAAUAUAUAGAAAAAACUAGAUGUAGAUGUGGAAUUUUUUUACAAAACCCAAAUAGAUUGUUAAUGUUUAAAAAGUAUUGAUCGAUGAAACUGAAAAGAAAAAAAAAUUAUUAGUACAAGCAAAAAAAUUCAAAAACUAA